UCAAAUGACCAAUGAAUCUAUCAGAUCUUCUCCUUCAUCCCAUCCAUCUUCUGCACACACAGCCAGUGUUUCACCAUCAGUGAGUGUUUCCCCAUUUACCAGUUUCCUAUCAAAUUCAACGGGAAUCACGACCUCUUUCACCACUCCUCAGUGUCACUGUCAGUGUAAUAGGGGUAUCUGCAUCUUCAACAUGACACUUGGUAGAUGUCAGUGCCAGUGUCAAGAGUCAAUCUAUGGAGAUUCCUGCUCUUUUGGAAAUAAUGAGAUUUCUCCCAGUGUUGAUACUGGAGCAAUACCAACCCGGAAAGCAAAAAUUACAUUGACAAUCAGUGUAACAUUUGAAGAGGAAUUUUAUGAUUUAAGCUCACCUCAGUCCCAAGCAUUUAUUCUUACAUUAACUAAUGAGUUGGAGCCUCUCUGCAAAGAAGCAGAUCCACAAAACUUUAAGUCGCUUACAGUCAUCAAGUUAAACCCUGGAAGUGUCGUUGCAGAGAGUGUCGCAGAGUAUGGAUACGCAAACAAUGAAAGUCAAAUCCAGUUUGUCAACACAGAAAUUGGUGGUGUGCUGAAUGACAUCCUGAACAACACCAACACGCUCAGUAACAUUGGUCGUGCCUUUGGUAAUAAUGCAAGUGUGGAAUUUAAUGAAGUGACACUGCAGCCAGUUGUCAUUAACAAUAUAACAGACCUGGAGCCUUACAUUAAUUGCACCCAGUAUGCUAAUUACACUGCUAUGAUGAUUACCGAUUCCUGGCAGUGUGCUGGACCGUGCAAAACAAAUCCUAACUACUGUCAACAUGGCGAAUGUCUCAAUCAAGUAUUCACAGGACCUAUAUGUCGGUGUUUUGAGUUCAGCUUGCAGCAGUUUUAUGGACAGCGGUGUCGCCAGUUCAGUUGGGGUCCAGGUUUCUAUGGAGCUCUAUUCGGAUCACUGGCUGCAGCACUUCUGCUCAUUAUCAUUAUUGUCACUGUUGUUGUGGCCCGGAGGCAGCGUACAGGCAUUUGGAAAAGGCGUGGCUCCUUUCACAGAAGACUCUCUGUGUUUGAUGAAGAUUUCUUUGACUUUUCAGAUACCAGUCUCAGUGUCAAUUCCACCAUGGGACUUCCUGGCAGGUACACUUCAGUGGGUUUUAUGCCACAUCUAAAAAAUGUUGACACAGAAUUUCAGGUCGCAGCAAACCGUCCAGACACUUUGAAUGUCAGCGUUCGAUGAAAUUUCAACAGGAGUUUUGUUUUCAUUGCACUUUUCGUGUCAUAUGCACAAGGUGUGAACAAUCUGCUGUUAUUUAUGUCUCUAUUUAUAUUAUUUGUUAUGUAAUCUGGUAUAAAUGUAUGUAAGUUCAUAAGUAAUUUGUAGUGUUGCUACUUUAACCAUGUUAUAACAAUUCAUUGCUUUAAAUUUUGGGUUUGCUUCAGCAUGCCAUACUACAGCAGUGUCAUCUCAAACUGUUUGUG